GUGAACAUAAACCUACUUCAACAAGUAGGUACAAUGGCUUGUUAUCAACACGAGGAUGGCAUUCCAUCCCAACAAGUACUCGCAUACGCACACAGCAGCGGAUAUUAUUACAUUAGAGGAUUGCUCUAAUCGGUUUAAGGGGGCAUUAGAGACCAGCUCGGUCUUCAUCCCUCGUUCCUGUUGGUCGGGUAAAGUGAUAUAUACGGUGACGCAAGACUAGUUGGAAGCCUCUGCCGUGGCUGGUGGGAGUCGGCGGUCGCCAAGUGCCUGCCAACUGCCGCACUCGAGAACUGGAUGGCUGCCUAAGUGCCAGUGUACCGUGGAAACUUCUGGAACGCCGAAAAUUCGACCAGCUUUAUUAUCUCAAAUUACAUACCUAUGUAGGUACUUUAAAUAAAGGUGUGCGGGCUAGUAUGUCCGUGCCUUCGAUGGUACAUCGAUCAGGAGACUCUUUAAUAGUGCGCAGCGUCGUCAGCGGCGACGCUCUAUUCGGCUCGGCCGACGGCGUAGCCGAAGACGAACUUAACUGCUCCAUCGGGGAGUCGGACAGUGUUGACGAAGCCAGCAAAGACUUGCCCGACUGCAAAGUUAAAAGGAACUAUUCCUGCACGCAUUGCACGUUCUUCACGCAGAACCCGCGCUCCUUUCUCUACCACUUGCGCGACGUGCACGAUGAAAAAGUGAAAAUAUACGAGUGCCCCAAUUGCUUGUACGCCUCGAAGCACUACCAGAAGUUGCUGCGACACACGAAAAUGGUGCACGGCGGCACGCAAGGCCUGGAGGCCGGCGACACGACGCGUAAGAGCAGAAAGCGCUCGUCGACAGCCGCCGCACCAGUGACCGCCGAAGACGAAGAUGCGAUGGACUCGCAGGACGAUCAGGACGAUUACCAGCGACCCGCGGUUUUCAAGUGUUCUUUGUGUCCGUUCACGAGCAAAAUCCAGUCGCAAUUGUCGCGGCACGAGCGCGAAGAGCACAUCAAAACGAAGUUCUUCCGGUGCACCAAGUGCAACUACGUGACCCACAUCAAGGCCCGCUUCACCAAACACGUCAAGUACCACUCGAUGCCCAUGAUUAAGUGCGACAUGUGCGACUUCCGCACCCCGUACAAGUGGAACCUGGACAGGCACUGCAAGAACCACAACGGACGCGGCGCGUUCCGAUGCUCGGCCUGCAACUUUACGGCCGACAUCAAGCAGAGCCUCACGGUCCACGAAAUGAACCACCAUGUGCCUCCAGUGGGCCAGGCCGUCGGUCUGGGCGUCGGACGCCGGCGAAACAAGGUGGGCGCCAGCGACGCCACGGCCGCCGAAGAGGCCGCCCAACAAAACAUGCUUCAGGUUAGCAAGAAGGAGCCGGCCGAAAGUGCGACGACGUCACCCUCCCCCGCGGAAUCGGAAACCAACGCGAAAAAGAGUUCUAAAUCGCACGCGGCCAAAAGGGCGAAAACAAGCAGCAGUCUUUUGGAAACGAAAAACUUCGGUUCGGAUUUUGUGCAUCCCGACGACAUAGUUUCUCAUUCCAAUGGAAAAGUUUACAUCAAGAAUAAAUGCGUGUUGUGCAAUUUUAAAACUGCUUGGGAAGCAGAAAUGAUCAGGCACGAGAAAAAAGUUCACAAUAUCGGGCGAGAAGAGCCGAACAAGCCGGCGAAGAAGGUUCCCAGGCCUAUUCCCGAAUUGAUUCCGAUUCCGACGCCGACAUCUGGCUUCAAAUUAGGUCACCAUCGGAUGGCACAACAGCCGCCGUUGCAGAUUGCCGAGAUUCCCGAACUUAAGGAACCCGAAAUGAGCCAGAAAGAUAUUAACGACAUUUGCGCCAAGUCGGGCAACAGUGCUCUCAAAGACUUUGCGUCCUUGUUUAAUUCGGAGGAAAUGUUCAAAGACACCAAAGCUGUUACCUCACAAGUACCUGAUUUAAUUCCUACUACUCUGUAUUCAUCCACACCGAAAAGUAACAAUAAGAAAACGUCGUUCUUCGAUCGGUUGCAGCAGAAGCUGCUGGUCGGCCGAGGAGCUAGCAACCUGAUUUGCAGCCUGUGCGGCCACGAAAGCACAUGCCUUAGCCAACAGGUGAAGCAUCAGAAAACGUGCGGCAAGGAAAGCAAGAAAAUACCAAAUAUAGUGCCAGUACAUAACAUUAGUUCUUCGAGAUGCCAGUUUUGCAGACAGAGGUGCAAAUCGAGCACCGACCUCUACAACCACCUUUCCAGCUGCAUCGUUUACCAGAAAACUCUUUCGCGACACACGCCUGACGAGGACACGGUCGACGAUUCCUCCGAACAGGGCGAGCUUAGAAUCGACGAAGACCGUCUGGAGGAAUCGGAAGGAAAACCGCACCCCAUGGAAAACAAGGUGUUCAUUUGGAACGACAUACAGGUUCCGAUGGACAUCGAGGUGGACGAUUCCAACUACGAAUACACCGACGACAAAUGCGACGACAAUAUCUCCAUAGACUUGUCGAUUCGCACUCAAUCUCCAGGGGGUGGUAGCGAGGUCAGCUUCCCCGGCCAAGAUUACAUCCAGACGAAUAACAACAACAAUAAUAACCAUAAUAACAAUGGUGUACAGCAUUCGCCUGUCACAACUGACAAAAUACCGACCCACGGAAACGAUAUUACGAUCGCGCAGCAUAAGAGGGUGUUCAAGUGCCCGCAUUGCACUUUCUGGGCUUCGACGGCCUCCAGAUUCCACGUCCACAUCGUCGGACAUCUCAACAAAAAACCCUUCGAGUGUUCCCUGUGUGCGUAUCGCUCCAACUGGCGUUGGGACAUAACCAAACACAUCAAACUGAAGUCGGUGAGGGACCGGGCCCACGAGUCGGCCAAAGUGUUGAUGACCGACGAGACGGGCAGAAGGAACUACACCAAGUACAACAAGUACCUAACGGAAAUCCCCGUGAGCGGCGAGCAGAGUUUGGACACCAGCGGAGGAUCGGGCACGAGGCCCAAGUCCCAUCAAGAAAGGAACUCCUCGCCGUCGACCAGCAGAUCGAAGUCGGGACACACCGACUACUUUUCGCCCGCCAAGCAACCGCCGAGGCCCAUGCCGCCCCUCAAAGCCGCCAACGGUUCCUACCUGGCCAAGAUAUCCGACAAGAAGCGAAGAAGUUCCGAGAGCAAACGGACGCAGUUUAAAUGCAAGAGAUGCGACUUCCGGGAUGCCUCGAAAGACGUCCUUUUGGAGCACGUGAAAAGUCACUACCAGCAGGCUGGGCAUCAUCAGCAACAGGUGUCGGCCGUUUCGGGCGGGGUAGGCAACGCAUCGGACACCACUUUAAGGGGUACGAGUCCUGAUAGAGAUGAGCGCCACUGUCGUCUAAAACACAGCGGCGAUAUUCGCGUCGUUAGUAACAAGGACGGACAGGAAAAGCUCGAGAUGGAGGAGCAGACGGACGAACCUGAUCACGUGGACGUGCCGCAAUUCGGCACCUUCAAGUGCAGCUCCUGUCCGUUUUCCUCCAACCACGAGAGCGAAUUCGAGCAACACUUGAUCGGACACGCGCCCAAACUGAACGCUUUCAAGUGCCAGUACUGCAAAUAUUACGUCUACGAGAAGGAGGACUUGUCCGGUCACCUCAGGUACCACGGCAUCUCCGAUCCGGACGAGUUUUUGAGCAAACUCACGGACAGGACCUCCCUCGACGGGGACUUGAAGCGAUUCAAAUGCUUGUUGUGUCCCUACGUCACCAACUCCAAAUCGCAAUACACUUACCACAAACAGUUCCACAAGGCACGUGGCGGACAGUACACGUGCACCUACUGCACGUACAACGUCAGCAAGCGACACCUCCUCCAUCAACAUCUCAAAAUUCACGGCAUAAACGUGAGCCCUCAGAAGCAAAACGGCGAGAGUUUGGAUAUCACCGAUAUAUCGGAUGAAAUAGAGGAAGUGCCUCAAAAUCAGAGCAUCGAGACCCAAAAUUUUCCCGACAUCCCUUUGGUGUGGGUGUCGAAAAACGGAAAGUUCUCCAAGAUGUUUAAAUGCCGUUACUGUCCCCACGUCAAUCUCCGCAAAGUUAACAUCCAGGAGCACGAAAAGAUGCACAGUAUAAGGGAGAAGAACCCCAAUGCCACCAGACUCAACGACGUCGAACACCGUUGUACUGAAUGUAACUACGUCUGUAACAAUGCCGGUGUCCUAUCUUCGCAUUCCAAGGUGCACCAAGGUACCUAUGGAACCAUCCAUAAGGUCGUGGACUUUACCAGAAGCGACGAAGAGCAAAUCAAGGAACUUAGCAAGAACGAGUCGACAUCCGUUGCGCAUAAUCUCGAAUUUAACUUCGAUAUUGAAAUGGAGGAACCCGUCACCAACACGUCAGGAUCUAUCCUGUAUUUCUGCAAGGAAUGCCCGGCGAGAUUUUUGAAGGAGAACGAGUUUGCCAUUCACAAACGUUUCCACAGCUGCAAGUCGACGUACGUCUGCGAUUACUGCACCUUUUCCGCCAAACAGAACGAAAUCGUUCAGCAACAUCAACAAAUCCAUUUCUUGGACUAUCAAGAGAGAACCAAAAACCUGCAAUCGAUGUACACAUCGAGCAUAAACUACCCGCAACCGCAAACGUACUCGGUUAGGAAUAGCAAAAACGAGGACGUUUGGAUGGUUUACGAAAACAACAAUAAAUCGAGUGAUGUAGGUUUAGAUACUUUAAGUAGACUACUUAGCAAACCACCCAGAGCCUCAUCCCAAAAUGUGCCUCUAUCAGGUACCGAGCUAUUUCAGCAAAAAACCGAAGUUAUAGCCCAAAUGACCAAAGAUCGCUCUCCCACCCCGCAGUUCCACGGCAACCCCGACUUUAUCUACCCGACUUCAACGAAGAAUGGAAAAUCGAAGGAGAAGCGAUACAAGUGCCCGAAAUGCCCGAGCGCGUUCGAUAAGAGGGAGCAAUUCAAAACGCACGCUGGUUUACAUGGGUCCAAUCAGAAAUACAAUUGCGAGUAUUGCGACUAUUCUGUACAGUAUUACACCAACUAUGCGCAACACAAAAAGAAGCAUAUGGCCGAAAUCUAUGCCAAAGAGGCCGCAAAGGCCAACGAAGAAGAAGAAGAAGAAGAUAUUUUAGAAGUAAAGACGGAAGUUGAAGAUGGCGACCAAGACGACGAGGAGGAGCCUCUGAAGCUGUGCGUGAACGACAAAAUACAAUCUAGUCAAGGUCCCGGUCAGAGUUCCUCUCCAACCGAAGAUAGGAAGUUGCAGUGGUGCCUCCAUUGUCCUUACAGCAACCUGCGGAAGGACGCGUUGGAGAACCACAUGAAGCGCCACGUGGGCGUGUCGGGGAUUACGAGUACUUACACUUGCGAUCACUGUGAUUAUUCCGUGCCACAAUCGCAUUACCUUAGAGACCAUACCAAAAUACAUUUUCUGCCAAACAAAGUCAAUCAAGUCGAAGGAUAUCUGUCGUGUGAUGACAUGAAGCUGACGGCGGAGAAAGGAGAGAAUGCAGAGAAAUGCUUGUUAUUUGAGGAAAAAGGGUCCAACCAAUUUUUACCGGCCUUACCGGCCGACGUAUCUGAACGUUUUAAUAAUAACGAAGGUGAAAAACAAUUAAUUAACUUGAAAACAGGUGAAAUAGUUGAUAGGAAAAAUGAUAGUGAUACGCUAUCCUCACCAAGAAAUGAGGAUUGCGAUUCGGAAGUAAUUAGUCAAACUUCUAGUGAUAAUUAAUAAUUUACUUUAUUUAUCAGAACUAAAACACUUAAUUAAACUAAAUUUAUAAAUACUAUAAUAAAUUAACAACGUUGGCCUUAGUCAUAGAGUAUUUUUACAAAGUAUUUUCACAAAAGGGUAGCAAAUAUAUUAUGUAUAAUGUUAUUUAGUAUUAUUACCAUUUCAUACCACAUUUGUACAUAUUUUGUUUUUGUUUUUUAGAAGUUAUAAUUUUUAUUAUUCAUGGGGUUUAUUUUCAUAAUGCCAAAGCAUUUAAUGCCAAAAUUUGCCAUAUUGUUGUAUUUUUAUUGUUUACAGAGGAAAAUAUAUAAUUAAUCAUA